AGGGGACUGAGCCCUGAGCAACAGUUCCGCUACCUGGGACCGCCGGACCUGUGCCUUCAAUUUUCCUCCUGGUUGGGGUCCCCAGCGUCGAGUCACGCCCUCCAGAGUCUCAGGGGUCCCUAAACAUGUCCCUUUCUCUUUGCUCUGUAUAUUUUUGUCUCCCUCUCAGCAGGGACGCGCUGGGGCCCAGAGGUGACCCCCCAGAGUUGGGGCUGGGCGCCAGCGCUGGCUGAAGGCAGGUAGUCACUUAUGUGGUUUGGGGCUGGGGACAUAUUCAGGGAUAAGGAGAGAACAGACUUCACCUCCUCCCAGGACGCUCUUGAGGCUGUGCCAAGAGGUGCCCGGUUCCUAGGGCUAGGGUCCAGGAGCCUGAUGUCCGGCCCCAGCGAUGUGACCCUGGCGGGCUCCUCAGCCUCUUUGGGCCGCAGUUCCCAUCUGUAGAACCUAGCUUUGGACGCGGUAGGCGUUGCGGUUCCAUGCUAGGCCCUGGGCCUUCAGCCCUCUGUCUGAGCGGAGCACGGAUGGUGUCCUGCUUUGAGCUUCGGGGAUGCAGAUGGGGCGUGGGUAGGGUAGGAAGGCCUCCUCCCUGAGGCCUCGGCUAGGGUUCUAGCGUUGCAGCUGUUUAGAAACCAGACGGGGGAACAAGGACGCACCGCUGGACGGCAAGGUCCUAACCCUCCGCUCAGGUGGGGGCCGGGUUCCUCCCACGCCCUCCCUCUGUUGGGGGCCGCACCACACGCAGCCUGGCUACUCCUGUCCCGGCCGGAAUCCAGGCCUCGGGCCGCAGGAGGGGCUUCAGCUGUGCGGCCCGGAACCCGGGGCGGCCUGAGGGACAGGGGCAGUGCUGCUCGGGCCGGGACGAGGGUUACUAAGGCUUCGGGCGGAGGAGGCCGGAAAGGAGGCCAGGCGGCGGGAAAGGGGGAUGAUUCAUCUGGAGGAUCCUGAAUCGGAAACACUGCAACCUGGGAACAGCCUUGCCCGGGCCGACGGGAGAGCGGGGAAAGGAGUCCGUCUGGCGAGGCCCUGCUCCCAGCACCGGCAGCCCCCCUGCCUCCUGCUCCGACCCCAGUCCGGCCGCUGGGGGAGGGAGGGGCUUCUUUUGCGCGGAGUUGAAAGAAAUCCUAGGCAGAGUCCAGCACUGCCUCCUCUCCUCCUCUGACGGGUCUUGGUCAGAGCAGCCUUCCCGGAGUCUAGCUCAAAUCUCUCCUGCUGCAGCUUCAGUGCUGACCCAGGUCUGGAAGGAGGGGAGAGGCAGGAAAAAGCUUCCUUCCCACGCUGCGAGCGCCCAGACGACAGAGAGAUGACGGCUGGGAGCCCCGGAGACUGCGGGGAGGUGCGGAGGAGCCCCGAGGGCCGUGUCUCUCGCCUGGGCCGCCGCCUGGGCCGCCGCAGGCGCCCGCGCUCCCCGCCCGAGCCUCUGCGGGUGCGGGCAAGGCUGCGGCUGCGCUCGCCGUCGGGGGCGUUCGCGGCGCUGGGGGCGCUCGUGGUAUUGGUGGGCAUGGGCAUCGCAGUGGCCGGCUACUGGCCGCACCGAGCCGGGGCUCCGGGCCCCCGGGCGGCCAAUGCCAGCUCACCGCCCGUGAGUGAGCUGCGACGCGAGGGGCGCGGCGCCGGCCGGGCUCAUGGCCCGCAUGAACGGCUACGGCUCCUCGGGCCGGUGAUCAUGGGCGUCGGCCUGUUUGUGUUCAUCUGCGCUAACACGCUGCUGUAUGAGAACCGAGACUUGGAGACGCGACGGCUCCGCCAGGGGGCGCUGCGGGCCCAGGCGCUCCGGCCCCCCGACGGCCCCAGCUGGGACUGUGCGCUCCUUCCCAGCCCUGGCCCUAGGACUCCCCGAGCCGUAGGCUGCGCAGAGCCAGAAAUUUGGGACCUGUCCCCACGCCGGGGUACCUCACCCGUCCCAUCAGUGCGGAGUCUGCGUUCAGAGCCUGCUAAUCCUCGCUUGGGGUUACCUGCUCUGAUUAACAGCUACCAGCUGAAGGGCCAGGGGCUGCCCCCACCUUGGGGUCCGCAGACCCAGACUGGCCACGUGAUCAUCACCGUGCAGCCCUCUGGUUCCUGCAUUGAACAUUCCAAGUCUCUGGAUCUGGGCCUUGGGGAGCUCCUCCUUGGGGGCGCAGCAGCUCGGGACUGUGCUCACCGAAGCUGGCCACGGCUGGACCGCCUCAGUCUGGGGGGGUAUGCCAAAUUGGGAGAAGGGAACUUGGCCCGGGUCUGAGGAGCUGAGGGACGGCCUACAAUGAGGCUGCAGCAUUGGACCAUGGUAAUAGGACCGGGAGUCCCAAUGUGUAGUAGAUGCUUCAGCCACAUCCCAGGCCGGGGAUGGAUGCUCUGACCACAGCAGCUGCUGAGGCAUCCUGACCUGCAUGUGGGCAAAGAAAUGCCAACCACACUAGGGUCUAGUAAGCUGGAGAGGGAUUGUUUCAAUGCGGAUAGCAGAGUCAUAGCAUGGCUUGGCCUCAAAAAUUUCUGCUUCCACAUGUGGCCUUAGCCCUGAGAGGGCUGGAGGUCUAGGUUAAGAUGAUUGGGAGAUGUACCUGGUGUCUUGACAAACCCAAAGUG